CACUGCGGCACCGGAAGCUCGAGCAGAGUCAGGAGGAGAAGAGGAGAGUGUAGCAUCUAUCACGUUAUAGCAUUAACAUAUAAAUAGAUAUAUAUAGAAAUAUAUAUAUAUAGAGAUAGAUAUGUUCUGUGGCUGUGCGCUGAUGAGAGACGCUAUCAAUCCUGUUACUGCAGCAACCGGUCCUUAUUAUCUGAGUCUUUCUUAGCCUAAAUGCUAACAUAUAUAAACAUACAUCAAUGUGCAGCUGCUUAUAUACACAACCAUCUAGUUAUAAUAUCUCUAACUGAGAUGUUCAUCUCUUUAACUGCUCUAAAAGGACAAUAACAUCCUUAGGGGAAGAGAAAACACCAAAUAAAACAUCAUGAAUCGCCUUUGUAACUUGAACAAUAAUUUCCCGUAUGAUAACAGUGUCCUGGUGCUGGACAUGGUUCUGCGGUCGCUAUGGGGAACCACACAGCCAAUCAACUGGGAGAACGUAGCACGCUUAGUUCCUGGUUUCACUCCCAAAGAGUGUGCACGCAGGUUUGAUGAGCUGAAGAGCACGGGAAGUUUCCCUCUUGUAGAUGAGCAGUGUAACGCACUGACUGGGGCCAGUGGCUCUCCAUCUGAACCACUUUCAGCUUACAUUCGAUCCACUUUAUUGGACCUCACCGGGGAGACAGGAGAGCCCCGGACCAAUCAGAGCACGCUGUCGGUAUCGGGACUAAGUGUGACCCCGGUUGUUAGAGGAGCCGGUGCUGAGACUGAGAACACUGUGAGCACAGAGGAUGAAGACAAGGAAGACAGAGGAAAAAGCCCUAUCAUGGUGAUCCACGUGUGUGAUGAGGCGAAGAACCUGAAGCAGGAUUUUGAGUGUCCACGCGACUUGUUGGUCAAAGAAAUGCGCUACUUCGCCGAGUACCUCUCCAUGGAUUCCCAGCGCUGGGAGGAAGUGGACAUCUCAGUGCACUGCGAUGUCCAGAUCUUCGACUGGCUCAUGAACUACGUGAAGAGUAACUCAGAGGAAGACGAACUCGGGAAACAUGCUGACAAACCGACACUGGAGCCUAGCAAUGUCAUCUCUAUCCUGAUCUCAUCUGAGUUCUUGAAGAUGGAUGCUUUAGUGGAGGAGUGUGUUCGGUAUUGUCACGAGCAUAUGAACGCCAUCGUCGGCACUCCGUGCAACAUGAGCUGCAUCAACAGCAACCUGGCUUCACGCAUCGCCCUGCUGUUCACACACAACCAGGCAGACGACAUCAAGGACAAAAAGGACAAGUUUAAAAGUAAAGUGUUCCAGAAGAAGAUCGAACAGCUUUUCGAUCCGCGUUUCGAGAAUCACGAUUCUCCAGGAAAUGCCGCUACGCUGUACAGGUGUGGUCUUUGCCUUAAGCUUCUCACCAAAGACACAGAGAGGAAGAUAUCCUGCAUUCCGGGCAAAAUCAACAUAGACAAUCGUGGAGAUAUUGUCUACACACACAGCAGGCAAAAGGGCUGGGACGUUCAUGAGUAUCUCAACAGCUCAUAUGAAGAGCUAAAAUCUUGGGUGCUGGUUUACUGGAGGAUCUGGGGCAUUAUUAAUUAUCUCACCUGCUCGUGCUGUAAACAGGUGUUCCUCUGCUGUGAGCUGGCCCAGUGCAGGUAUCACCCUGAGGCUGUGGUGUACCCAGUCGUGGGCGCCGAUAGCAGUGAGCAUGGUGCCGGGAUCUACCCCUGCUGCAAGCAGAGGGCACUGCGGUUUGACCCAGCUGCUAUGCCAACGGGUUGUAAGAUGAGAGACCACGUGGUAAAUGCAGCCGAACCUGGGGACUGUGAGGGCAAUGUGAACUCUGUGCAGACUCGAAUACUGAACGAUCUGCUGCUCCACAGAGACGCCGUGUGUAUGAGCUCCUCAGCAGCUUUGGACAGUUCUGCAGAGUCGUCUAAACAGAGCGAGAAAGUGCUCGACUGCGACAUCACAUUGGACCAUGCAGUCCUAAAUGUUCAUCGAGCCAGAGAAGUCACUGCUUUUUCUCUGUUGAAGAACUGGAGUCUCCAGCUGCGGCAGCAGUCUUUGUUCUCUGAGGAUGAAGACUACACUACGGGGUCAGAAGUCACAGAAGACGAAGUCGGGGAUGAAGAUGACACAUCAAAGAAACAAGCUGUAAAAAAGCCUAGAAAACCAGGCAAGCCUUUGAAAAGGCAAGUGUCCUCACCGAGCAUACUGCACAAAGAGCGAGCUGGAGGAGAUAAGGGCGCUUCAAAGGACUCCACCCCGUUCACAGUGAGCAUGCAGAAGAGUAAAUGGGACAGCACUCGCUCUAUGAGGUUUAACCAGGAUGCCCAGAGGGAGGAAGACCAAAGGAGAAUGGUGGAGAUUAUUGACCACCUCACUAAAAUGCGCUACUGUGAUUUGGAACAGAGCAAGUCAAAGGACACCAAGGAGUUUGCAGGAGGUAUCUACUCCAGGCUGGAGGCGCAGUUUAAGAGCUCCGCUCAGCUGAGUAACAGACAGAGCGCCUCAGACAAAACACUCAGGGCAAAGACACGCUCUGGACAAUCGAGACCAACGUAAAAGGAAUAAUCAGGGAAUCGGAUGUGCUGACAAGCAUGUGAAUGAAAGAAGAAAAGGGUUUGAAGAAGGGUUAAAAAAAUGUCCUUUUAAUCGUCCCUCUUAUUCGACCGACAGCCGUCCUUUUAUCCAUCCUUUUCAGGCAUUCGAGAGGUCUGCAAUAUGAUAACGGAAGCCAGUAAAAUCAUUCCCAGAGCAGAACUUGAUUAAAAUGCAGUGGAAAUGAAUAGCAUUGCAGAUGCUUUAAAAUCUUUGCCAUCUCAUUUCCAUAUUGUGCUGCUAGCUUUAUUCUUCUCCUCUUGCUUUUAUUUUGGCACCCAUAAUUCUGGUCAAUUUCAUUCUGUAACCUGUUAUAUACUGUGUGCUAACGUUCAUGUCCCUCAUGUCUAAUCUCAGGUGAACAACCCUCCACCCCUGCUAUAGUAACCUGCACUUUAAACUAUCAUAAACAACCACAACUGAACAAUAGAUACAGAUCCGCUAUAAUAAAAAAAAUUGAAGUUAAAUUCUAA